CGCGGCCUCGCCAUGAAGCCUGGCCCUGCGGCUCGGGCGCCGUUGGCUAUGGCUGUCUGCGUUACCCUGCUGAUGCUGCCGCCCGGCCUGUGCGCCGGGGAGCGGCGGCGCCUGGCGUGCUCCACCUGCCGGGGUAUCGUGGACAGGUUCAACCAGGGAUUAGCAGAUACAGCUAAAAAGAACUUUGGUGGUGGAAACACUGCUUGGGAAGAAAAAACGUUGUCAAAGUAUGAGUCCAGCGAAAUCCGUCUUGUAGAGAUUAUAGAGAAACUGUGCGACAGUAGUAACUUUGAAUGUAACAAUAUGGUAGAAGAGCAUGAAGAACACAUAGAGAAAUGGUGGUUCAAACUAAAGAAGAAGUAUCCUGAUUUGUUUAAAUGGUUUUGUAUAGAAACAAUAGAAGUUUGCUGCCCUGCUGGAACAUAUGGACCAGAUUGCCUUGCUUGUCGUGGUGGAUCAGAAAGACCUUGCCAUGGGAAUGGAUACUGUGAUGGUGAUGGUACCCGAGGUGGAGAUGGCACAUGUAGCUGUAACAAGGAAUAUACAGGAGACUUUUGUUUGGACUGUUCUAAUGGUUACUACAGUACCUUGAGAAAUGAGACACAUUCUGUUUGUACAGCCUGUCACGCUGCCUGUAAAACUUGUACUGGUUCAAGUAACAAGGACUGCCAAGACUGUAAGGAAGGCUGGAUUAAAAAUGAAGAAGCAGCUUGUGUGGAUAUAGAUGAGUGUGCUGCUUCUCCUUGCAAAGAUCACCAAUAUUGUUUGAACACAGAUGGAUCUUUCUCAUGCAAAGCAUGUGAUGCCAGCUGCAUAGGUUGCACAGGGGAAGGUUCUGACAAGUGUACGACCUGCGCAUCUGGGUACACGAAGGAAGAUGAAAGAUGUACAGAUAUAGAUGAAUGUAACCUUCCCGAAAAGGUCUGUGUGAAAGAGAAUCAAGAUUGUGUUAAUACUUCAGGUAGUUACAGGUGUGUAUGUUCAGAAGGGUUUGAAGAGAAGGAUGGAACAUGUCUUCAAAUGGUAAAACCAGGAGACAAAGUAGAAAGUGAAACAACUCAGCCUUCACCUAUUGGACAUGAUGACUUAUGAUCUGCAUUCAGAACCAAAAGACAUUCCUAUCUAAAGUUUUAAAUUAUUGGACUAAGUCUCUGCAAGCUGACAUACUGUGGAAAUGGUAUUAAAUAUGCAGGUUGCUGUUAAGGUUUUUUUUUAAUGUUGAUAAAUUUCUCUUUAAGCUGCAUUUCUUUAUUCUUAAAUGACACUUUUUAUAUAAUUCUUCAAGAACAACAGUCUAGGUGGGUUUUAGUAUAAAAUUUCAAUUAACAUUGUACGCAGUCAUUGUAAACCACUUGCAGGCUUCUCAUUCUAGUGUCUCCUGAAAACUGUCAUCAUUUGGAAGGACUUAGUUGCACCGUAAUUCAAGAAGAAUUUAGACUGAAGUUUGGUGUUCCUUGAGAAAUAUUUCUGUAACUGAAAUACAGCUUUUAGAAAUUGUCAAAGGGAAUCUCUUUGGGUGAGGAAGCACUGUUCCCACAAAUUAGAAUGCCUAAUUCUGCAUUCAAUAAAAGUUUAUUUUGUUGGAA